AUGGUCAAAUUUGGCAAAGGUGCGGCACGGCUUUUAGCUCCGCCCAAAAGUUUGCGCCGCAUCAUGUGAUGACGUCACUAAGGCUCCGUUGAAAAUUGGAGCUCACAGUUUUUUUUCUGUUUUUCGUCAAUCCCAACGUGUCUUAACUUCAUGCACAUUCAUAAAUAAUAUUACAUUUCUAUCCAUUAUUCCUCCUUCUCGAAUUUUUUACUUUCAGAGGUUAUGCCUCUUGGGUUUUUCGGAAAAGAUUCGGGUAAACCUCAGCCGUUGACUGGAACUUCAAGCACAAAAGAAAAGAAAGAAGCCCCCGAGAAAGAUUGUCGCGGAUCCGUCAUCCGGCUUCAAAAUGCGACAGUUAUCAUCGAAAAGAAGCUUGCGGAAGGUAUAUAUAAACAUAAAAUCGUCCUUUUUUUUUAGAGUUUUAGUCGAGAUUUUAUGAUAUGUAUGCUGGUUCACUCAUUCCAGGCGGAUUCGCGAUUGUUUAUUUGGUAACGGAUCGCAAGAAUCGGCAAUUUGCAUUGAAGCGGCAAUUCAUCAACGACGAUCCAAAACACGUUGAGGCCUGCAUGCGAGAAUGCAAAAUUGUGGUAAAACAGUUUCCUUCACACCACUUUUUUUCUCUCAACAUCCCUUAUUUGAAAGCAUAACUCCGUUUAGCUUUUUAGUGCGAGUUGAACGGCCACAAAAACAUUGUUGGGUACGUGGACCACUUGAUAACUCAAAGCAGAAACGGGAUCUACGACUGUAUGUUGCUCACGGCCUACUACAAAGGUUGUCCGCUCCCUUCUUUUUUCAUCAGUUUCCGGAUUUUCAGCUAGCGUGUUACAAUUGAUGAAUGAUCGGCUGGCGGCAGGGCAAGGACUUUCUUCGUCGGAAGUUCUUUCCAUCUUUUGCGAUAUGAACGAAGCAGUCGCCAGACUCCAUCAUUCUCAAACGCCGGUCAUUCACCGUGACUUGAAGGUGAAAUCGUAAAAUAAUAACCUAUCAUAGUUAUUGAUGUACAUCCCAAUAGAAAAAGCGUACAAGAUCGCAGAAUUAGUAGGAAGAUGCUUUUGAAGGCUUUUUAUCUCUGGUCUCUGAAUCUUAAGAUGAACAUAUGUUUUGCUAAGUUAAUCAACUUUAAAGUUUUUUAUUUAUUUUUUAUUUCAACAUUUUUUUCGAAGAAAAGGAUUUGCUAACUUUAAUUGAAAUAAAACAGUUUUUCGCCAAUCAAAAGGAAUUUUCAAAAGCGUUUCAGGUCGAAAACAUUCUUAUCGACGAGAGGAACCGCGCCGCUCCUCCGACCUAUGUUCUUUGUGAUUUUGGAAGUGCAACGACCAAGGUACACGAAAUCUUUCCGUUUUUAAAACAAAAAGGUUCAGGUUCUUUCUACUGAAACACACGCAGCGCGGUUCGUUCAAGAUGAAAUCGAGCGGUACACGACUUUAAGCUACAGAGCCCCUGAAAUGGUCGAUAUUUACGCUGGAAAAUCUAUUGGUAAGGGCUGAGAUCACCCUUGAAAGUACUAAAAUGGCGUUCUUCGAAAGAAAAAAAUUUCACGUUGUUUUCAAAAUAAAAUAAAAUAAUAAGCUUUCACUCAAAAAAAAGGUUCACAAUUGAACGUACGUUUGAAAUUUCUUGAUAAAUGCCUCAUUUCGGACAGUUUGAAGUUUAUUUUUUUCCUUUCGCUUUUUUUCUAUAGUCAUAUAAUUGUGAUUAACUCGAAACUAUUUCAAAGUAGUCGAAGCUAUUUUUGAUUUGGUGCAAGUCAUUUUGUCUAAUUUCAGGAACCAAGUCGGACAUGUGGGCGCUGGGCGUCAUGCUCUACAAAUUGUGCUACUUCGCGCUUCCUUUCGGAGAAUCCGCGAUGGCCAUUCAAAACGGAACAUUUUCUUUCCCGCCACAGCCUGAGUAUCCUCUCAGCAUAAAGUCCAUCAUUCGUACGUUUUGAUCCUGUAGAAAUUCAGAAGCUUUUCUGAGCAUUAGUAGAAGUUUUGUUUUGAUUAAAAAGCUCUGCAUAGUUCAAAAAAAAAACCAGCUCGUUAUAUACUGAUCAAAAGUUAAUAGCUCCAAAAUUAUUCAGAUUGUCUUCUCGACGCCGAUAUCACGCGUCGACUGUCCAUUUUCGAAUGCGCGAGUUUGGCUUUUCAAGCGAUUGGUUCGAGCAGAUCGCCUGUGGAGGACGUUUAUGUGAGGAUUAUUUCUUAUAACGAACUCAUUCUCUGAAGAUAACAGUAAACUUCGGUUUGUUCUAUUUUUCCAGCAAAAAAAACCUAAGAAACAUUAUUAAGAAGGUUUCUAUCAAUUUCAGCAAAUUGAAAAAGAUUUCAUAAAGCUUCACAACUGCGAAAAAAAGAAAGAAAGUGAGAAUUUGGAAAAAGUAGUUAAACCAUUUUUUUCAUCGUUUCUUUUCGAUGUUUAAAAGUUUAAAAACCUCAUUUUCACAGAAAUAUAACUUCUGCUGCUUCCCAGAUUAAUUUUUUUCAAAUCUUUAGGAUAUUCCUAUAAAUAUUUAGAAAACCUAUAAAUAUUUGGAAAAUAAUUUUAAAAAAGUAUUCCGACAUUCCAGAGAGAGGGCGCGCCCUCGUUGGAGGAGGUGAUUGCGGCUUUCAGCGCGGGUCGUCCCAGGGACGUGCGUCGCAAAAGUGUCCCAAGCACGACUCCCGCAGUUCCUCCGACCGGCGACUUGUGCUCAACGGAACCGAGCUCGGGACUGCCGCUUGGGACUUCGGCCACCACUUCGGUGAAUCCGCGUCUCCGGCCGAAACCCAUGGCUAGCGUUCCUGUCGUUCCUGUUCUGACCGGGAAUUCCAAGGUAUAUAGUUUUCUAGGAGGAUUAGUUUUAGAAGAAAUAAACUGUUCGUAGUUGAGUACAAUAAAAAUAAUUGAGGUAGAACGUGAGAAAAAAGGGUUUACAACUUUUUUUAAAAUCAAUUUUUUGUUAUAUCAAGCGAGAGUUCUUAAAAAUCAUCCUUCUUUUCAGUAAAUUUUUUUUUCAUUGUUUUUCAAUGGAUUUCGGCUUUUCCCAAUUUUCUCUCUUAUCUUUCGAAAUAUCAAAGCUUCUUUUUUUCAGUCGCAUGUGCCGCCGCAAAUUCGUGCGCUUGACAUCGCAGCCGACUCUACGGAUUUGGGUUCUCUCUCUGGUUUGUUUUCUUUUUGAUUUUUGGACGCAUUUUAGUAAACAAAGUAAUGUCAAUAAAAGAAUUUUUUUCAAAGUUUUAUCAUUGCUAUUUCUUUUUUAAAAUUCUUUACUUAUAGCUCUAUUUUUAUAGUACAUGGAGAUUAUUUUUUGAGUACAAUUCUUCCUCUUUUCUAGAGAAGAGAUUUCUUUUAAUGUCUUUCAAAUCUCAAGUAAUUUAUUUUUAUGCUUGUCUUUUUUUUUUUUCUUCUUUUUUUCAUUGGUAUUCUCAAAUUUCAAUGAUGAGCUGUUUGCGCUUCUUUUUAUAAUUUAAACGGUCAUAGAAAAAAUUAACAGCGCCUAAAAACGAGAGAAGAGAGUGCGCAGAAAAACGAGAGUUUCUCAAGUGGUGGCGAACAAAUUAUUGAAGUGAACCUAUCAGUGUUUUGAAAUAUUUCACAAUUUUUUUUUUCUGGUUAGUAAACGAUUGAAAAGUCUAGCGUUGUUCCAUCUUUUUUUCUCGCACAUAGACAAAUGCAUGCGGUUCAGAUGACUUAUUGAGAAAAAAAUCUGUAAUAAAAUUGAAAAAAAUUCUUCUUUUUCCAAACUUUUUGUAGAAAGCCUUCUCCGUUCCUCUCACACUCCAUUCCAUGUUCGAAAGGAACUCUCUGACACUUCUGCUCGUUAGCAUUUGUAAGACAUCUGGAAUAUUAGAAAAACGUGGGUGGGAAUCAACGGCGGCGGAUGCGAGUCAGAUUGAUUACAAAUGCGCACUUUUCCCCUCUCUCCGUCCCGAGUUCUCAUUUCUCUGGUUCCUUUUUUUGUUUUUACUCUUUACACGUGGUCCGUUUUUUUUAAGUUCGAAUUGAUUCUCACGCUGACACAUUUUUCUCCAUGCAUUUCGUUAAUCUCUGUCUGAAGAAGAGGCCGUGAAUUUUUGGCGCUCGAAGAUUCACGCAGUUGACAGCUCAUUCAAAUGUUUUUCGAUUUCUCUUUCAGAUUUCAACUCCCGUUUUUCAUGAAAACAAAUUAUAAUUAAGCUGCAUUCACUUUCUUUUUUCCAAAUUGCUCGUCUGAAUUAUUGGGACAAAGUUCAAAUUGAUUGACGAAUAGCCGCGUUCUUUCCUAAACGGAUCUCCUAUACGAAGAGAAAAAAAAAAUCAAGUUUGAUUCCAGUGUAACUGAAAGAUAAAAAAACGAUUUUUAAGCACAUUUCGCAAUCAAAUUAAAUGUUUUUUUGCUUUUUGAGAAAUAAUCUUCCGAUCGUAGAAGGGGAAAUUUUCAUGCUGGGGGACUAUAAUUAAAAUGUAACGAUGAUAAGUUAAGUGGCAAAGUGUCUGGGGCGGGUUUUGUUGCCAUAGCGCCUUCGGUUUCAUUCGUUUUUUUUUCUUUAGAUUCUCAGGCAGACUUGGAUUUUGGACCUUUUUCAUAAAAAGAGUGCUUUUCUGUGGGGAUCAUCUUUUUGUCUCAUCGAAUAUCCUAUAUCACCAAUGACAAAUUGUUGUUGGGUCGCGAUUUCUUAUCAAUUGUGUCAUUUCGUUACGUUCUGUCUUUAACCGAUUACCUUUCUUGUACAUUCACAUAAUCAGUUGAAUAAUGUGAUUAAGUGUUUAUUGCUUCAAUUUAUGGAGGAGUACAGUUCACUUCGUUUAAAUGAAGUAAAGUUUUGCAAUUUUUUGAAAAAUAAUUUUCAAGGUAAUAGUUUGUACAGAAGGAUAUAUACUUUAGCUCGUUUUUUGAAUUCGAACAAAGUGAAGAAAAUAAUUCAAACGCUUUAGAUUCACGAUUGAUAACUUCUGGAGACAUUUCUCAACUUUCGUCGAGUGCCGCGGUCUCUUCAGGUGGUCCGUUGUCUUGUCCUCUCAUCAAACCCGCCGACCUAGGAUUCACCGACCUUGGUAUUAUUCUCCGGCUUUUGAAACAUAAAACAACAUAAUGUCUUUCACAGACGAAGCGCUGCUCCGUGGACGAGCUGCGACCGACGCCACGCGACUUGCGACUUCUUCGCUGGCAGUCACGGUCGAAGUGCAGCAGGCCGAAACUACACACGCUUCUCUCCCAUCAGUCGCAACAACGUCGGCAAACGCUUCGCAGCAACAUCGCCGGAACGCCAGCGAUACGUCACAGAUGAUGCGCAGUGCUUUCAAGUGCGGAUUCUCGCCUCCGUAUCACCAGAAAAGUGGCUAUUUCAGGCCUUACAGCCAGACUGCGGCGCCGAGUUCUCCACGGCGAGAAGGAGGCGACGGAGGCGUGUGGAAUCCUUUUUUGUCAGCACCUUUCCCUCCAAAUCAAGCGAUGGACGACCAGCAUUUUGGCAAAUAUUUCGAUGAAUUGCCGAGAAGAACUGGUGAGUAAAUCAGUAUAAUAAUAAUAAAGAAUGGAACAGAAGUUCAUAUUUUCAAAACAAGAGAGAUUAGAGAAUAAGAGUUUGAAGGAACCGCUGAUGACGCCGACGACGACACGAGCUCGAUAGACUCGCGAGAUCCGUUCGGCGCGGCGCCUUUCGAUCUUCCUGCGGCCUCGACUGCUUCCAGCCGUCCAGGUAGUCAACUUCAAACGACUUGGCGGCGCCCCGUUCGCGUGUCUUCCUUCCUCGCCAAUAAUCCCAAUUUGCCUCACCGGAACGCUCCGUCGCCUCUCCUCAGCAAUGCGUCGAGCAGUUUUUCCGUCAAAAUUGAAGCUCCACCAGUUGCUCCGACUAGAACCACCUCUCGCUGGACUCCCUUUAGAGAUCCUUUCUAACUUGUCAGUCAAAAAAAUUUUAGCUUACGAAAGCUCUUUGAAACAUUCUUUACCGUCCUGCUCAGUUUUCAGACCCUCUGUGCAAUUUAGCAUGGCUUUUUUGUACAAAUAUUUAAUAUUCAGCAUGCCCAUUUUUGAAAUCUCUGUGUGUAAAGUAGCGAGUUUGUAAAUAUAGAUUUUUUUAAAUGUUUCAUGACGUGUUCUUUUUUUCUUCAUACCAGUCACUUUAAAUAUACCUGUGAUUCUAGUCAGCGAUUUGAAAGCUUUGUGAUAUUUUUUUUAUGCAGCAUAAUUCUUGCCUUGGUUCAUAAACUUUUUGUUUCGAAAACUUUCGGUGGUUUUGCGUGUUUGUGCGGGCUGAAAAGACGAAGCAUGCGGCGGUGGUGUCCCUAUUAUUAAUAUUCACUUGUUUCUUGACGAUUCGAAAUUGUGGGAUAUUUCAGAAUUGGUCGCCGCACGGCUGCCAACCGUCGAGCUUGACGGGGAAACGCAGACAGAUGGCCGCAAAAAUACGGUAUGCUCGCAAAGUGGAAAAGUUGAUGCAAUGGUUGAAAAGAGUUUAUUGAAGUUUUCGAAAGAAAUAAUGCUCCAAAAAUACGAAAUAAAAAAUGCGUGUAUUGAAAAGCUUGGAUUGGAUGAAGCUAGCCUUCGGCCUCGCUAUAUCACUUUUGCUGAAAAAAUUGCUGAAAAAAAUUGUUUAAAAUAAUUGGCGGGGUAAAAAGUUGAAAAACGGACUGUUAGACUUCUUAUUUAUCUCUUACAAAGUCAACGAUGAGGCCUUCAAAUAGUUUUUAAUCUAUUGAGAUUGGGUAUUGUUUUCAAACAAAAAAAAGAACAUGAAAAAAAUUCCAUUAUUCAAAGAUAAUACGUUGAUAGUUUUCAGAGAGAGAUAUAUUCAUAAGUUCGAUGAGAAGCUCGAAUUCUCCCUCAAUUAUCUUUCAUGUUCCCAUUUCUAUGCGUCAGGUUGACGAAGACAGCGAACUCGAUGAGCAAAGAAUGAAGGCGCGACGGCGGUUCAGCUACGAGAACAUCGACGGCGUGGGCGACGACGCGAGCAGCGACAGUCGUGGCAGGACCGAUCACGACAGCACCGACGAGACAAGCCGAGUGCGUGUCUUCAGUUCAAUUCCAAGUCAGAACUCAAUCAACAGAACGGCGACACUUCGCACGACGAAGACGCCGAGUCCUCGCAGCACACCGACGUGGCCGGCAGUGACGACGGCGGCGGAAGUCGGCCGCUUCUGGAGGACGACGGGCUGGAAGAUGAUGACGACGUUUGCCUCCUUCUUGCCUUCUGAACCAUUUUUUUUUCUGUUCUAGCACGAACUUCUGGAGGGAUACCACUGUGUGAGGAUAUCAGACGUGCGUGGUCCGCUGUUCGUCGACGCGACUGUCAGUCAGACGAACCCUUUCCUCCGAGCCGCCGAGGAGACUCCCAAGACUUUGUCUCCAGCGGCACCUUUCCACGUACCAGCAACGAGUCCCACCUUUGUAAGACGAUGAAAUAAAUAAAGCUGAAGAUCGAACUCGAAGUUUUCAGACACCUCAAUGGGGCGAUGAGAAUGUCGCGACGGACGGAGGGCGUUGGGGAGAGCGACGAGACACGGUUUUUGAGAAGAGCAUCUACGAAAAAGAGACAAACUUCGCUCCUGCGACUUUGCCGCGCCAGUCAACUCCUUUGGCUGCUGUUCCUCGCUUCCCUACCAAGGUAUUCAAUGUAUCUGGGUUUCGAAGGGCUUCGCGAACGUUUUUCAGUAAACUUUAAGUUUUUUGUGUUCAAAUAACAAUGUUAUUCUUUUACUAGCAUUUGUGAGAGUGGAGAUGGUCGAAUUAAGUUUAGAUUAAGCUGAAUUAAAGAGAAAACUAUUUUCGAACUGUGUCCGUUUUCAAUCAUAUAUUGAUGUUAAAUUAUUUGGGUCUCGAUAUCACCACAUAAAAGUUCAAAAUGCUCUCUGAAAAAAAACAACUAAAAGGGAUAUUCAGCCAGACUUGCCGUUGACAGCUCCCGUGUCGAUCGAGUCUUCAUCGCAGCCAGGUAGUUGGAUCAUGAUCUGUUGGACAAACAGACGACACUUUCAGCUGUCGGAACGCUCAUUCAAGUGGGCACUCCUACGGUCGUCGAGCCGCGUACCGUCGGACCAAUCGGCGCCGACGCGAUGGGCGGUCCCACUUCCACCACAACCGCCUUUAUCAACGUCACUCCGGUACGGAAUCCCGAACAAGAGUCCCUGCAAACACCAAAAGCCUGAACAAAGUUAUAGUCAAUAGCAUCCAUGUUCCAAAAAUCCUUAUUUUUUAAGGUUAAAAGGGAAAUGGAGCUUGAACCUGACAGAUCCAUGAGAACAGCAAUGAUCAAAAGCUUUGCUAAACGUUGAAAUUAAAUCUCCAGUAUGAAACAUUUGAGAAAUCAUUCUCGCUAUAAAUUAUCAAAAAGUUCGAGGUAGCUAAGAUUUCGAAGAAAGAUCAUAUAUACUGUAAUAAACACAUUUCGAAAUGUUCAUCCAUUUCUCAUUAGAAACGUUUUUUUUUCCAAGAAAACCAGCCAUCAAAAAAAAAACGAAAGAAAAAUUCGCUUCGAUUUUUAAAACUUUGGAUACUCUGUGCGGCCCCAAUUACAAGAGAAAAGGAAAUAUUUCGAAGCUUUUUUUGAUAUGAUUUUCUAUAGUUGACGGCUGCCAUCACUACGACGGCGACAAUUGUUCCGGCCAAAGUCCCCUCGCCGCAGCCGAGGAAACCCUCUGUGCCGACGUUCAUCGAAGGACCAAAGACGCCGAAACCGAAAACGAAGUCUUCGACGAGCUCGUCGAAGAAGAAAGAAGUGGCCGCAGAUGAGGCGACGUCUUCUGCUGGCAGCAACUUGGAGACGGACGGCAGCGAGGCCGAGAUGUUCACCUCGACUUCCAGCGACAAGACGUCGUCGGCCUUGCGCAAGAAAAAGAAGACGUCGACCUUCGGAAUGCGCUCUUCUCAUCCGAACGUCGUCGCUGCCGGGGUGGCCUUCUCGUCGCCGGUGCCUCCUGUGGUGAAGAAGUCUUCGAGUGAGUUGAAGAACAGAAUCUUAAUUGCAGAGGAUGUUUUCAGAGGAGAAAAAGUCUUCUUCGACAAAACGCGGCAGCACAGGCGUUCUCAACGCCUCCUUCGUCAAUAACUCGUUCCAGGCUGAAGACGUCGACUCCACGACGCUUUGA